AUGGUCCAAUUCUCCGAAGAGACCAAGGAGCGCGUCUCCAAGGUCAUUGAUGUCUCCCGACGGAUACUUGCCUCUGAUCGUUUACCUGGGUAUGCGACACGCUACACUUACAGUGACCCCAAGCCCACCCUGUUCAGACUGUUCUCGCCCCUCGCAUAA